AUGAAGAGAAGAGUAGAUUAUAUUUUAGAAAAAGUCAAUUUCAACAGUAAAAACCAGGCACAUGCUAAUAAUAAUACGGAAACAUCAGAAAAUUACCAAGAUAACUGUACUGACACAAACAAAGAAAAUUAUAUUCUGCCAUUUAAUUCAUCUUGUGAGGAGUAUCCAGAUAAAUUAUCAUUUAACCAGAUGGACCAAAUUGUUGCAGAGGUCAUCCCCGAAACAAAUAAUAAAUCGUUAACAGAUAGCCCUUCCAUAAUAGAAAACUCUCCACACCGAUCCAUUCCAUACUUUGACCCAAAGGUGCUUUGUGUAGCUGACACCAACAAGCUACAAACGAAAAUUCAAAUCCAGGAAUUUACUAUAGUUUUAGAACCAGAGUUGAACAAUUGUGAAUAA